GGGAUGAGCGGACUGCGGGCUCCCACGCCGCCCGCGGGCCCCGAGAGGCCGUGAGGAGCCGCUUCUCUCCGAGUAGCCGCCCUGCCCUGGGCUCGGAGACCAUGUCCAUUCACAUCGUGGCGCUGGGGAACGAGGGGGACGCGUUCCACCAGGACCAGCGGCCGUCGGGGCUCAUCCGCACCUACCUGGGGAGAAGCCCUCUGGUCUCCGGGGACGAGAGCAGCUUGUUGCUGAACGCGGCCGGCACGGUGGCGCGGCCGGUGUUCACCGAGUACCAGGCCAGCGCGUUCGGGAACGUCAAGCUCCUGGUCCACGACUGUCCCGUCUGGGACAUUUUUGACAGUGAUUGGUACACGUCCCGAAACCUAAUUGGGAGAGGUGACAUCAUUGUGAUCAAAUACAACGUAAACGACAAGUUUUCAUUCCAUGAAGUGAAAGAUAAUUAUAUUCCAGUGAUAAAAAGGGCAUUAAAUUCAGUUCCAGUCAUCAUUGCUGCAGUUGGUACCAGACAAAAUGAAGAAUUACCUUGUACCUGUCCACUGUGCACCUCUGACCGGGGGAGCUGUGUCAGUACAACAGAAGGAAUCCAGCUGGCGAAGGAACUAGGGGCGACCUAUCUUGAACUACACAGCCUGGAUGACUUCUAUAUAGGAAAAUAUUUUGGAGGCGUGUUGGAAUACUUUAUGAUUCAAGCCUUAAAUCAGAAGACAAGUGAAAAAAUGAAGAAAAGGAAAAUGUGCACCUCAUUUCAUGGAAUUAGACCACCGCAGCUUGAACAACCAGAAAAGAUGCCUGUGUUAAAGGCUGAAGCUUCGCAUUAUAACUCUGACCUGAAUAACUUGCUGUUCUGCUGCCAGUGCGUGGACGUGGUGUUCUACCACCCAGACUUGCAGGGAGUGGCAGAGGCCCACAAGAUCGUGCUCUGCGCCGUAAGCCAUGUCUUCAUGCUGCUUUUCAAUGUGAAGAGUCCCGCCGACAUUCAGGACCCCACCAUCAUCCGGACCAGCCAGGACCUCUUCGCUGUAAACCGGGAUCCGACUGCAUCGCCAGGCACUGGCCGGGCCUGCCCCGGCAACCCGCCGCUGCGCGUGGUUGUCAAGGACGUGGCCUUCUGCUCUUGCCUGUCGGCCAUCCUGCGCUUCAUUUAUUCAGGUGCUUUUCAGUGGGAAGAAUUGGAAGACGAUAUCAGGAAGAAGUUGAAAGAUUCUGGAGAUGUUUCGAAUGUAAUUGAGAAAGUUAAGUGUAUUUUAAAGACACCAGGAAAGAUUAAUUGCCUAAGGAAUUGCAAAACUUACCAAGCCAGAAAACCUCUGUGGUUUUAUAACACUUCCCUCAAGUUUUUCCUGAAUAAACCGAUGCUUGCUGAUGUUGUCUUCGAAAUACAAGGUACGACAGUGCCAGCCCACAGGGCCAUCCUGGUGGCCCGCUGUGAAGUGAUGGCGGCCAUGUUUAAUGGUAAUUACAUGGAAGCAAAGAGUGUCCUGAUUCCAGUGUACGGUGUGUCCAAAGAGACUUUCUUGUCGUUUUUAGAAUACCUAUACACAGACUCCUGUUGCCCAGCUGGCAUCUUCCAGGCCAUGUGCCUGCUGAUCUGCGCGGAGAUGUACCAGGUGUCCAGGCUGCAGCACAUCUGCGAGCUGUUCAUCGUCACGCAGCUGCAGAGCAUGCCGAGCAGGGAGCUGGCCUCCAUGAACCUGGACAUCGUUGACCUGCUCAAGAAAGCCAAGUUUCACCACUCUGACUGCCUUUCAACCUGGCUCCUUCAUUUCAUUGCCACCAACUACCUCAUCUUCAGUCAAAAGCCUGAAUUUCAGGAUCUUUCAGUCAUUUUCACGAUGCUACAUUAGGUCACCUUCAUUUGUAAAGAAGAAGAAUAUUAUUUUCUACUUACAUUUUGUAUACAUUUUGUGUGACAUGCAUGGAGUACUGUUACACCCCGGAGGAGGGGCCGGGGAUUUAGCUCAGUGGUUUCGCAGCCUGCUGCGCAAGCACAAGGACCCGAGUUCGAUCCCCAGUACCUAAAAAAAAAAAAAGCUGUUAAUUUGAGCUUUACACCCAGAGGAACGAUGCUCUCUAAAUUUUCUUGGUUGUCAGUUUUGACUCUGUUUCAUUACUCACACAGUUGCCUGUGGAGUAUGGGGGUGACCAGGUGGUAAUAGUGAAAAGCAGGGCUGCUGGGAGUUAUGGGAGUGGCGGAGCCAGGGCUGGAGGCCACCGCAUCGAUUUCUCCUGUUCCUGUCUGGGAAUGCGCGGCACCCUCAGAGCUCUCUUCCCAUGGCGCCUUGGUGUCGGCAGCCUACUGCGCUGUGUAGUCUUCAGCAGAAGAAAAAGCUCCUGGAUUGGGGAGAAUUGAAAGCUCUAAAUCAGUGGUUACAACUGGCAGUCUGUGGAUUCAGUGUGCCUGUCAAGGGGUUUUAUUUGGACCAUAUUUUAAAAUUUUUAUUUUGAAGUACUAUGAGGUAUGAUUGAAAAAUAUGGUAAAUGCUUAAAAUUUUAAAAUUAUUACAAUAAAAGGUGUAUUGCCAUUACUUUCCCCCAAAAUACUUCUCCUCACCUUGAGAAUACUUACUCCGCUGCUCUUGCCACUUUCUGAAGCAAUUCUGGAAAUCCCCUCUCAUUAAUGUCCUUGGUGUGCUGUUGUGGCUGCCUCAGUGUCCUGAAUGAAUUCAAAACAUUUCCCGUUCAUGGCCAUUUUGACUUUGGGGAGUAGCCAGAAGUCACGCAGUGCCCAAUCUGGUAAAUAAGGUGGAGGAGGACACACAUCAGGUUUUUACGAGCCUGCCUUUCCCUUGGCUGGUAUUCGGCAGCAGCGUUUGCUGUAUUUUUUAAAUAAAACAAAAUUUCAUGACAAAAUAAUAAGAGAUUAACAAUAUUGAUGUAUUAGAUCAGACUUUGUAAGGACACUCACGAAAGAGAUCUUCCGGAACUGCUUCGGAAAGUGGCAAGAAUGAUGGGCAAAGUGUGUUUGAAGCGAGAGGAAGUACUCAGAGAUUCAUGGCAAAGUGUCUUUUACUGUCAUCUUUUUAAAUUAAAUAUCUACUGUACAGUUUAAUCGCUUCUUGUAAUGGUGUUUUAGAACUCUAGAUUUCUGGCCUCUUGAAAAGUCGGAAGACCUGAGACUCCAAGGCCAUCUUUCCACAUAGUGCCGGCCGUAGAGCACAGGAGCAGGGUGCUGGCCACCCUGGAAGACGCCUGUCCUCUGCAGGGCGUCACAGGCACCUCCCUUUCCACCACCUCACACCUGGCCUACCUCACACGGUCACUUAGGGUUCCAAAGGGUUCUUAUCACAAUUUCCUUACAGCUUCCUUGUAGAAUUGCCCAUUCUCAGUGACAGAAGUUAUCAAACUACCAUUGGAAUUCUACAGAUUGUUCUGACUAAGAAUUUUUUUGUCUUUAGAGGUGUUUAGAAAUCAGAGAAACUGGAAAAGUUCUCACAUCGGUGCAGGCAUGGAUACCUCAGAGCCCAGUUAAAUAGCUCAUUAUGUAGAUAUUUAGAUAUUGGAUUCUGAAGAAACCAGCAACACACAGGAAUAUGUUAUCCUUGGUGUCUAUAGAUUUAUUUUUCUCACAGUUAGUUUAAUUUAGCUCAGUAGUAUAUGGUAUGGAGGUUUUUGUUUUUCUUUUUGCUGGCUGCCAGGGCUCAUCUGUGAUAAUUUACCUGAGGAAUCAUCUCAUGUUACCUCUGCUUCCUAGUGAGACUUAGAGAACACAUUUCCCAAAGGAGCUCGGUUCUUUUCACCCAGGCCAGCACAGCUUGGCGUAGGGCCUUAUUCAUCCAGAUUCCGAUAGAUGAAGUAGAACAGCAGGUAGAGAAGUGAAAACUGACUUACCAGGAGGGAACCUCAGUGAACACUGAAGGGAAAAACAAACUGCUUCACCCAGCAGGACCUCAAAAGCCCUAGAUGGCACUAGGUUUCAGAGGCAGGGAGAAGAAAACAGUGGAAUUGGUUGAAUAUCGAUGAAAAAGCUUUUACUGUCCCCUCCACACACACAGGCAAGUGGUGCCCCAUCUUUGCAGGAGAUAGGAGUUUAUUUCUGAAGAAAUUCAAGCAUACAAAGCUUACAGAAUCAUGAGCUUCGGGUAUGGCUGAGAUCCAGGGUGAGGAGCUGACUGAAACUCGGUACUCUGUGUAAGUGUGUACAUUAUGCAGCUCCCUUCCCUUAUCCAGGUGCUAGAAUUCCGGCAGCUUGGUAUUUGCCAGCUUGGCUCCCUUACCCUGGGAAUGAAGUGGCAGCAUCCUUCUCUGGCCUCAGAGGGAGGUGCAUAUGUCCAGUCAUUUGGGUAUGUGUAGCUGCUACAGCAUAUUCCAUCCGUGCCUCAGAGGUUUCCAAAAUUUCCAGUGUCUUCCUCUUCACUAUGAGAAGACCAAUGGGUGUCAACAGAUACAGUACUCAAAGCAAUUGCUGACACAAAAAAACAGGUACCAAGAAUGAAACAAUAAAUACAAACAACAAAAAAAUGAACUUAGAGGAGCAAAGAUCAGAAGAGUGACUUUUGUUUUUUUUUUUUUUUAAUUGGAGGCUUAGUCUAGAAGAUGCAGUAUGUAACAGAGGUUCAUAUAGAAAAACAAUGGGAGGGAAUUUAUCAGAUAAUAUAAGGAAGUUAUUCCAGUACUGGAGAACCCAACUCAACACAUUGAGAGGACUAAAUGAAUGUACAAGGUACAUUGGUUCAUGUAUGAACACUAAGUAUAAACAGAAAAAUCUAAGUUUCCAGGACUUAAAUACACGCGCGCACACACACACACACGCACACAUAUACACACACACCCCACCUACCCAGGACUAUGAAUCUGAAUGGCAGCGGAGUUCUUAACCUUGCAAAGUAGAAGGCAUUGGAGUACUGUCAGCAACGUUUUGAGGGGGGUUUUCGAUCUGGAAUUUCAUACCAGACCAAACUAUACAUCAUGAGUGAGGAUAAACCAAAGACAUUUUGUCAUAAACAGGAUCUCAAAAGUACUUUUCAGACCCUCUUUUUGAGAAGCGAAUAAAGGUUGUGCUUCCCGAAACUAAGGAAUAAAGUGAAGCCCCUGGAGUCCAGGAAAGGAAGGCCCAGCAUGAAGGCUCGGAUGGACCCACAGAGCCAGGGGAGUGGGGGUCUGCAGAGAAGGCCACCUCUGCUGGGCAGCACCACAAGGCUGGGCAGAGUCCUGUGCUGGGGAGGAAACAUAACCAGGAGGACUUUGCAGAGCUUGGAGGAUGAGUUAGCCACAAAGAUAACUAAACAGGAAAAAAUGAGUCUGUAUCUCCAGGAAAAACUAAAGUUUUAUUGAAAAGAAAGGAAAAUAAUAACCUACGACUUGAUGAAGCAUUGCACAAGAUGUGUGUAAUCAUAAAUCAUGUAAUAGCAUAAAUGCCGAUGACUGAUUUAACCAAAAUUGUAUUGGAUGAUUCUGGAAAGCUUCAGAGAAGAGUGGGGGAUAUACCAGAGCUUGGAUUUCAUCUAUCACGUAGAAAAUCAGCAGUUACUAUCUUAACUUGAUCUAAAAUAAAAUAUGAUCAAUUAACAUUCUUUCUCUUCAAAUUUUAGUGGAAGAACGCAGUUUUGUUGAGAAACACAGGUGGCCAUCAAAUUUGUACUUGAAGCAGCUUGCGGAAUACAGGAAGUAUAUUCACUCCCGGAAAUGUCGUUGCUUAGUAAUGUAACCUGGAGCUUUUAUAUACAUACAUGGUUUCAUUAGUAUGAAGAAUGGGAUAGCGCUGGAUUCCAGUGACAUUCUUAUGACUGAAUGACAGUAUGGGUGUUAAAAAAAAAUCAGCUUAAUGUGUGUAUCAGUUCUCUUUGAAAAACCUACAACUGUAUUCUUAAAAGGGAACAAAAUAUAACACAGACUAAAACUAAGGGUUUACUCUAGAAUAUAAAACUGUUGUACAGCUAUGUUUUCCCUUUCAGAUGUUCUCUUGCUUUGGUGACCACCUCCCUGUUAAGAAAUGCUUAAAUUUUUUAAAAACUCAAUUAGGAUUAAUAUAGACAUUCAUCAUGUCUGAUUAGUUGCUGCAUUAAAAUAAGGGCCAUUGAAGGACCCCAUGUAACUAUUUCUACAGUGAGCAAUUUAGAGGAAAAAAGACUAAUCAGUCCAUCCUGAAAUGUUUGAAAUGAAAAUUUGAGACUUUGAAAGUGGCAUGCUACUUGGUUCCAAAGUAGUGUCAGUGUUUGAAUCAACAUCAUGAACAAAACUCUCUUUCAUCUAGACACUCCAGCUAAAUCUCCUUGUCUUCCCCUGGUUUCUGGCCAGGCAGGAAACCCAUCCAGUGCUGGCUCCACACUUGGAAGGGCUUCGUGCUUGUUUCAGUGCUUGGCUGUGGCUGUCGUGAAAUUCUUGAUAAUGUUUGAAGAAGGGCCCCAUGUUUUCCCUUUACACUUGGCCCAGAAAAUUAUCUGUAUUUCCUGGCAGGAAAAAUACCGUAUUUACUGCUCAAACAUCAUUCUCUCUAAAAGCGGAAGAGAGGCACUGGUGUCGAGGGUAUCUAGGGCAGCUUGUCUCUCGGAGGGAGAGAGGACAGUGGGGUUCCUGCUCUUGGGGUGUCUGUACCAUGCAGGGCCGCUGCUGCCACCUCCCUUGGCGCUUGAGAAUCACCUUGUGUUGGCUUAGUUGUAAAACCCCGUUCUGGCUCUGUUGCUGAUGAACAAAUACUUUUUUUUUUUUUGGUAUCGGGGAUCGAACUCAGGACUUUGAGCUUUCCAGGCAGGUGGUGGCACCACUGAGCUAAAUCCCUGGCCCCUCAUAAAUACUUUCUUGAUCAUGCUAUAAAUCCAGGAUAUUGUGAAGAGUGACUAUCUUGACUUUAAUACACACUUAUAAAGACACACACAGGAAACGAUGCUUUCUGAAGAAUUUGCUAUGAAGGAUCAAUAACUGUUUAAAGUAUAUUUGCUAAGAUUAGCAGUCAGUGUCAGUGGCUUGGGUUGUUUGAGUUCUUGCCAGGACUGUCAGGCUAUUUGACAUAGAGUGGGUUGAGUCUUGUCCUUUAAGGUUACCCAGUAAGUUUAAAAAGGAUAUAAAUCAGAGACUUGGUAUGUGUAGAGAAAAUGGUACUGGGAUAGAGGACAGAAUUAGUUUCUCUCCUAUCACAUAUGUACAGACAUGAUUAUAUCAGAAGCUCACAAACUUGAAGGUAGAAAACAGAUUACUUAGUAUUUAUUGACCACACCAUUGUCAUCUGUAAUUUAAUAUUGGAAUAUGUUAUUCUUUUAAAUUCCAGUGACUUUAAAAUGCACAUAUUUUUUCCAACUUUUCUAAUAUUUGAUUAAACAAUCUUACGCUGUAGUAUUAGGAUUGUAUGCAGUUAGCCCUUAUUUGUGUACCAAUACUAUCAAAAGAAAGAGUAAAAACUUCCUUAUAAACAUAUUUCAGGAAACCUGCUUUCACUUGGAUUGUCAAUGAAGAUUACUUGGAUACAUUUUGUGGUUUUUGUAUUUUAAUCACUUAAGUAAUCGACUAUUAGCAAAUCCCAUUUAGCUAGGAUUAGCAUUGUAAAGAAUAGAUAAUAUAGCAGAUUUCUAGAAAUUCCUUCACAUUUAUGAACUUUUAAAGUGCAGCGGUAGCCUUUUGAUCUUCAUAAGUGCAUUCUCAUCCCUAAAUUAAUUUUAGCAUUUAAAAUUAUAAAAUGGAAAAAUACAAGUUACAAAACAAAAUAUUUUCUUGAAAAUACUAUUUAAUAUUUAAAUAGUAGCUAGUUCUUUUUGGUUGUUUGGCCUGAGUGGGAAUUGAGUUUGGAAGCUGGUACUCCUGGGUGUUGCGAUGUAGGUUUUAUUUGGAAAGUUCUUUACCACCUGUGUGGGUGACUCAGCCAGAUGCCUCAGUUCUCCAAAGUUAAUUAAAAUAUAGUCAAAUUACUCUUAGAACUCAUUGAAUGUAGACUCUUUGAAUUCACUCAAUUUAAAAUAGAAAAUUUGAAAGACUUAUAAACUAUCAUGGAGAAAUGAGUGCUAGUUUCCAGGAAGGAUUUUCAAUUGGCCAGUUAUUUCUAGAUAGAUGUGGGCUUUUUGCUGAUCUCUGCUUUAAUAUAUUUCCCAAUCAUUUUAACUAGAGAAGAUAUGUAUAUUUGAACUAAGGCCUUUUCUUUCGGGGCCAGGUUUUCAUGCUGCAUAACCCUUUGUAUACUUCCGGCUACCCUGUGUUCCUAGAUUUGUAAUAGAGAACUUGCAGUGUUGUAACUGAAGUUCAUCCUGUCCACACCAGCAUGGUGGCUUCACACUGGGUAGUAGCAAAAGACAGAAGAAUUAGAUAGAUUUUAUUUCCACAGUAGCUAAACUUUCCAACUAUAAUUUUACAAACUACACUACACUACACUACAUUGCUAUAGCUAAUUGGACACAAAUGUCCUCAAAGAGUACUUUAUUUUAUUUAAAGCAUCUGUUUAAUUCAGUCUUUAAUGAUUUUGCAAAGAAGGGCAUGUGUGUAAUUUUAAUAGAGGCUGACCUGAAUUUAUAUGUUUUUAGCUUUAGUAUUUAACAUUUUGUAACAAAUAAACUUUUUUUUAAAACAA